AUCGAACCCAUUGAAAUCCGGAAUUGAAGCUGUCACCAAAAGCCCUACUAAACGCUUGACGUUCACCUUCCAUUGAACCGACUCUCUCCCACUACAAGCCAACAUGGUGUUCCAGACUCCCAUUCGACGACAGUCUUACAAGAGCCCAUAUGGGCCUAAGUACCACUACCAACCAAACGUCGCGGGAUGGACGUUCAAGCAACUCGGCGGCCUUGGCUUUAAGGCCGGCGCUUUCGGAGGUGUAGCCUUCUUCGCCGUCAUCUACUACGCAUCCGGCAUCCCCAGAGUACAGCGCGAUAUCCUACAAAAGAUCCCCUUCAUUGGCAGUUACUUCAUCAGGGAGAUCCCCGCCUCAGACAACCCCUUCUAAACGGAUCCGGACUGUUGAUUUAACUAGACGUAAAAAAGGGGAGCGCGAUGCCGGCUGGGAUAGAGCGUCUAUGGCGAGCUUCUGUACAAACAUGACACCGAAUAGAUCUCUUUAAACCCUUCAAUGACCUUUUAAAAAAGAAACA